AUGCCAAAUUUGCAUAUACAAUAUCAACAGAUUAAGAAGCGAUUGGAAAGUGCAAUCAUUGUCAAAUUUGGUGCUCUCUUGUGCCUUGGCGGUAGUUUCUGUUGUGCUCAGGAAAAUGACUACACCAAGAAAGAACUUCACCUUUCUCCAGAUGACCUUCCAAAUUUAGUUCAAAUUAUCAAAAAGCAUUGUUCACCUAGUAAUUCUUUAGCCCCUCACGUUGCGUUCAUCGUUGAUGGAAAGAAUCCUAGCGUACCCAAUAUUGGAAGAAAUCUUCAAUCAUAUUUAAACCUUCAAAAUAGUUUACCAAUUAUCGUUAGUUUACAUGAAAACGAGGAACAAAAUAAACAAUUUCUGAAUUCAUUAAUUAGGUCGUUGAUUGAUAAAUGUCAGAAUUUAUUGAUUCAAUCUAAUGUGUAUAAAGAACCUUUGUAUUUUACUGCUAAUAAUUCUUCUGCUGUAAAAGUCAUUGAAUUCUUAAAAUCGGAAUCAAAGAUAUCCGAAAAACAAGCAGGUUUAUCUGUUUGGACGGUAAACACAAGCCUUGGUAAUCAUGAUGCAUAUCAUUCCUACAAAAAUGAACAAAUAUCCUUUGAAAGUAUUCUUACAUAUUAUAAAUCAGAGAUCGACUCUUGGUCAAUCGUUGAUGAAAAAAAGUACAGUGGUCAUUUAAUUGUAAAAACUCUUGCCAAAGGUAGUAGUCAAAAACAUCAAACUACUUAUAGGAUCAUAGUUCAAGCUACCACUGAACUACGCGUAAUGAUAAUCAAAACCAUUAAACAAAUUAAACCAUAUUUUCGUAUUAGUGGUGCAUCUGACAUUUGGAGUUGGAUAAAACCAAAUGACGAUGGUUCUCUCCAUAUAAAUGAGAUAACCCUUAAACUCCUUAGGAUUCAAUCAAUUUGGGAGGCUAUUAAUGGUUCUAAACUGGAAGGUUCAACGAACAGGGGUCUUAUCUUUUUUGCUGGAUUAGAAAAAUUAAAGUAUAUUGAUCCUUUAAUUUGGGAAACCGCAUUUGCUAUGACGUAUCUUGAAACAGUUUUAGAUGAAUACAAAAGUGAAUGGCAAUAUACUUAUAAAUACGCAAAUGAUUGGAUAAGUAAUCAACUUGGAAACGAAGAAUAUAAAGAAUUAUUAUACUUUGCAUGUGGGGAAUAUUUGAUUGAAAAAGGUUUAAUAAUUUAUAAUGAUCAAAAGGAACAAGUUUAUAAGUAUGUAGUAGAUCACCCUAGUACAAGAAAUAAAAUUAUUGAGGAGCUUCGAGAAUCCUUUAAAAUUGAUAAAGGUUUUAAUGAACUUGUUAAUUCACUAUCAAUUUAUGGCAAUAUUGAUUCUCAUGAAUUAGUUUUUGGGUCAUUCAAGAUUCCACUCACUGAUAAAGAUGUUGACUUUCUUAAAAAAUUCACUGAUAUUUUAAAUUUAAGACAUUAUAAAAGAAGUGUGUGGAUUACUUCAUUGAUUAUUGUUUAUUUCGAAGAGGUUUUAGGAAUAGAAUACAAUCCCGAAUGGAAAGCAGCGUAUGAUCAGGCAAACAUUUGGGUUGAUCAACAAGUACCUAAUAAUUAUAAAAAUUCGUUAAAAGAGGCCUGUAAUAACUACUUAAUGAAAGAAGGUUAUUAUUAUUUAACAUCAAAUUGUCAUAAUUAA